UCGCGGUACAAGUUUGCUGAGCGUCGUUGAACUUAUUUUCUUCUGUGUAAUUUAGUAAUAGUGUUUAUAUUUAGUUUUGAGUGUUUUAUUACCAAGAUACCAGUGGCGAAAAUUUUGCCCUGAUUCGCGUCAGCAUAGCGACGAAUUUUAUGGACAAUAAUAUUCAAAAUGGAAGAAUCCGAGGAUAAUUUAAGCGCUGAAGACCUUAAUACCACCAAAAGCCCUACUGUCAAAAGCAAACCAAAGAAACGCUCGCUGGUGGAAAGAGAACUGGAGACUAGCUUAACCGCCAGAGUGAUUUCACCUAUAUCCGCCGAUGGCUGCAGCAAGAGUCGCUACGGCAGGGCCCGACGGCUAAAAAAUGAAAAUUCCGAACCCGAUAAGUCUGUAAAAACCAAAUCACCGAAAAUGGAAAUAUCACCAAAAUCAACAGUACAGUCCCCGGUCUAUAAGAUGCAUGCAUCAAACUCACCUAUCAAAUUGGAUUCACAAAAACCAGAACCUUUCGAGAGCCAAAUUGAAAAUAUUCACUCAGAAAAUGUUGCCUUGAGCCGUUUUGGUUUGGCAGAAAAGAAAAAAUCUCCAUCAAAAAGGUAUCCUAAAGUCUACAUUAGGAAAGAUUUGAUACAAUUAAAAGAUAAGGACAAGGAGUCUGAAGAAACUGUUGUAUUGAUAAAAAACAUGUUUUCUCCUGUCAAAAGCACACAGAAAUCAAAUCGGUCAUCUCUAGAACGAUCUGUGGAAAAACAUGGGAAGAGGAAAUUAUCAAGUAAAGAAACACAGUCAGUCGUAAAGACUUUAGAUUUUGAUAGCAAAGACAACAAAAAGGAGGACGACAAAAAUAAAAAAGAUACAGGAAAAAUGGAUCUUUCAAAAAGUGAGAUCUUUGAGAUUGAAGCCAAAUCGGAAUAUCAGGUUGGUGAUUUGGCCUGGGCAAGAAUGGGUACAUAUCCGUUUUGGCCUUGCAUCAUUACUAGAGAGCCAGGGACGGAAUUGUUUGUUAAAACUAAAUUAUUUGGGCGUACUGUUCGUAACAUAUUUAAUGUUACAUUCUUCGGAGACAACGGCCGGAGGAGUUGGAUCACAGAUAGCAUGCUCAGGCCGUUUUUGGGUCAACUGGAAUUUGAAACGACAAGGGCACAUUUUACACCUGAAGCAAAGAAAAAGGACCCAAAACUGUAUGCGGCCUUCUUUAUAUCCGAGAGAAAGAUGCCGCAAUGGCUUUUGUCAGUAGAAGAAGCGGAAACACUCCUACGCGAACCUAAGAGGCUACGAAUUGACCUUUUGAAUUCUAUGCUUAUGAAAGUAUGGCCAGAGAAAGUGACACCCAAGAGUGAUAAGGGCAAGAGAGUGACAAGGACAGAUAGCGAUGUCUCACUCAGUGAGAGCCUGUAUGAUACACUCUUUUCUGAAGAUGAUACCAAAGGAAACGAUUCAGACAGGAAAAACAAGAGGAAACAAUCACUCGAUGUUUCUGACGUCGUCACAGCCUGCCUCGACAACAUGGCUGCCAAGACUGGCAUCACAAAGAUCCAAAAACAAUCUCACAUGGACAGAUGGUUACUCAAAGCUAAAACAAAAACACCAGAAAAAUCUCAAUUGAAAUCUCAAGCAGUUGAUAAACCUGAUAAAACUAGUGCCAAAACCAAUAAGCCUACACCAAGUACUUCACAAAAACCGCAUCGAUUUAGAAGAAGCAAUAACGAAUCUCAGAGUAGUGAUAGUAGAAUAUUAAAUGACCCUGAAGCAUCUACAUCAUCAAAUUACAAGCCAGUUUCUGUUUCUAAUGACAAUGCAAUGGAAAAUUCUUAUGACGAACUUAAUUAUGAAUCAAAUCAAACAUAUGUAUCUGACAUUACAAAUGAAACCAACAAUAGUCAUAAAAAUUUAUCAGAUAACGAUAUUUUUAAAAGUCCAUUAUCUGAAGCAGAUAAGAGAGUUUCAAGUGAAAGGAAAAAUGUCUUGAAUAAAAUUAAACAAAGCAUAGAUUCUGAUGAAAACAUGCCUUCGACGUCGAGUGUGGAUAUUUCUGGAUUGUCGACUUCUUUUGAAAUUAGUAGGGUCGAUUCUCAAUCCACUAACAAAGAUACCGUAGAGUCCGAUGGUAAUGAAAACUUAUCUGGAAUCACUGAUGACAAAAUAUGCGACGAUAUCGACAAAACUCGACCAUUCACUAGCAGCCCCAAAAAUGACGUAAGAGAUAUUGAAAUUUCAACUGAAAAUUUGAAUGCUGUGCAUGAAAAGGAACAAAAUAAAUCUGUGAAAGAAAUAACUAUGGGCGUGGAAACUAAAUCAAUUGAAUGCAGCAGUAAAGGAACUGAUGUUAAAGAUAUUGAUUGUACAAAAAAACUGACUGAUGAUAGUGACUCUGAUCUGAAUAUUGACAAAACUCAAGGUAAUAAAUGUACGACAACCAAUAUUCAUAAAUCAAAAGAGUCUGAAAUAGAAAAUAAAGAUGGAAGUAGUGUCAAUACAAAUUUCGAUGUUCAAUUAGACACAAAUAUUAAUAAUUUUAAUAGUGUUCCUGAAAAUGUGCCUCAAAAUUUUCGUAAGGUUAAAAAAAUCAAGACAAGACAAAAAUCGAUAGAUACAUGUGAAAUAAACGAGACCAAAGGAUCAUAUUGCAAUAACGAGAAAUCUAACGUAUGUGAAUUAAAUAUGCCUAACACAAGAUCAAAAAAAUUACGUAAAUCUGAUGUAUUUAUUGAUGUAAAAUUAGGAAAAUCAACUGAGAGUGUCAAUAAUAAAAUUCAUGAAGAAUUUGCUUCUAAAACUGCAGAUAAAUUAAAUGAAAAUGAAUAUAAUGAACUUAAACAAAGAAUUGACAGUAUUAAUCAUGUUAAAAGUUUAAACAAAUCAACCACUAAUAUUGAAAACGAUGUACACAGAACAACCGGAGAACAAAAAAUUGAAGAAAAACAUAAAGAUUUGCCUUUAGAUGAUAAACAACACGAAAUAAGCUACGAAGAGACAAUAAGUUCUAAAAAAAGUAAAUACAAUCAAGUUAUAAACGGAAACGAAUCACUGCUUAUAUCUGAAACAAAACUAAAAGAAAAUGAUUUUGCAUCUUCCUUAAGUGAAUUAGUUCCUUUAAGUGAGUCAAAAUGUAUAGAACAGUUAUCUAUAAAUAACUCUCCUGUGAAUGAUAAUCCUAAGAACGAUUUAAAAACGGAAUAUAACAAUCCAGAAUUUAAAAAAUAUUUAGAACUAAAGCAGGAUAAUGUUAUGGAUGAACAUCCGGAAUUAUCACAAGAUGAAAUAACUAGCUACUUAUAUAAAACAUGGCAGUAUGAAUCAAGGGAUAUAAUUAAUAAUAAACUUACGGGGAAAGACAACAAAGCACCAACUAAAGGUACUAAUUAUAAGGCUCUCGAUAAAGAAAGAGGCAGGAUAAAAUUAGGUCGAAAGAAACCCAAUGACUUCACACAAAACAAAACUAUUUUGUCACCUACUAAUAAAUCCCCGGUAAAUGGAUAUCACAAAGAAAUCAAGCCUAUUAUUAUCUCUCCUAAAAAUAAAAUAAUUAUUUUGCCUAAAAAGUCCACACAGUCCACUGAAUCAGUCAAGAAUAAUAUUAGUUACAGUGAUUUUAAAAUUAGCUCUCCUAUAAUAGCUAAGCUACAAACCCCUGGAAUAGAAAAUAAAGUAAGCAUAUCUUCUGUAGGUAAUAAGACGACAAAGGAAGUGAGCACUGAUCCAAAAAAUGUUACCUCAGAAUUCCCUAGCGUACCCAAAGUAGAAAAUGGUAAUUUAAUGCUAUUAAAUGACAAAGCACAAAUGACACAAAAUCCUAAAAGUAAUAGCAAUAACAUAAAGACACCAGAGAAAGAAAAUAAGCUUUCAAGCACAGAAAACACUACAAUGCCAAUCAAUAGUUGUGACACAGAUGAGAAAUUAAUAACUGUGCCACAGUCGAAGAAAAUCCCUAUAAACUCGCUUAGGACAACAACAGUAGAUACAAACAAAAAUUUGUCCACCACAGAAAACAAGGUAAAUGCCCCGCAAAAUGGACCUGAAAAUAUUAUUUCGACUAAACCUGAGAGAAAUGAACCAACCACUAUCAACACGGAUGAUAAAAGUCAUACACUUACACAUAAUCAUAAUGGACCUAAAGUUACAACGAUUUCUGCUAGUAAUUCUAAUACCAAGAAUAAAGAAAUAUCGCAAAAUGUAAACACAUUCCAUAAUAUAUCUCCUAAUAAUUUUAAAUUAUUGCCGACGACUGGAAACUUAGAAGAUAAGAAACCACACAUUUCAAGUACCAAUAAAAAGACGAACUUUGUAGACAAGGAGACUUUGUCAUCAGAAAAAUGUAAAUUGAAGGAGACAAAAGUUCUCAACAAUAGUAGCUUAACAAAAACUGAACAACGUAAAUUAAAAAUAUUGCUCACCAGAGCUAAUAUUUCCGAUAAUUUUGCUGCAGCGUCUAAUACGCCGAGAAAAACAGAAAAACCAGAUAGCGAGACACAAAAUAAAACAUUACAAAACGGAAAUGGAUUUUUUAAUGAUGUUGAGGACGCUAUUACUUCAAAUAAAAUAAGUAGUGGUAAAAUAGGGAACCAUAUAAAUGAUGUAACGUGUCCAGUAGAAACUCUUGGAGAAGAAAAUAAAAAACCUUUAUUUACAUCAAUACAUACAAAUAAUAAAGAACUGAACCAUGUCAACGAAAAAUUAGAACGUAAUGAAAAUAGUGUCAUCGAAAAAGUAUCAGUUACAAAUGGAAAUGAAUUCGCCGACAGUAGCACAGAUUAUGAUAAAAAGUGCAGUACAAAUGGAGUGGAAAUUAAUAAAGAUAGCAUUAAUUCGAUUUCAAGUGACAAAGACAACGCCGUCGGUAGCACGGCUUAUGAAAAUAAGAAGUGCAGUAAAAUAACUAUAGAAAACAAUCAUAUACAAACAGAAGAUUCCGUUAUGGGUGACAAAGAAAGCACAGAAUAUAAUAAUAAGUGUUAUAAAUUGGGAGUAGUUGAUAAUAUAGAAACAAAAAUCUGUAGCUUUAAAGACAAAAAUACAGUAGUUGCUUCGGACUCAAGAAAUACCGAGUCCGACAUUAAAAUAAAUAGUAAUUCAGAAAAUGUUACAUUAACUACAAUAUCGAAUCCAAAUAUUGAAGAGCAAAAAAUUACAACUGAUAAAAAAAGUGCAACAUCUAUUAAAAAUGAUGAUUCGGUGUUGGAUAUAAAAGAUGGUCCUACUGAUAUAGUAAAUAGAAGUUGUAUUUCUUCAAAACAAGAUAUAGAAAACGUUAAAAACAAUCCAGAUUUCCAAAAUUACCUUGAAUUAAAACAAGAUUCUGUAAUUGAUGAGAAUCCUGAACUUUCUCACGACGAAGUUGUUCAAUAUCUAUAUAAAACGUGGCUCUAUGAAGAGAACAAUAAAUGUGACAGGAAAAAAACUGAUGAAGUAGAUCAAACUAGUCUGGUUAAAGGUGUAAUUUCAAAUGGAGGUAAAGAUAAAAAGAGAAAAAAGUUAAGCAGAAAAAGACACAGUGAUUCGAUAGAUACUAAGAAAAAACAACCGACGAUUAUUAAUCACUUUUUUAAAAAUAACGGGUUUCAGGAACAAUUUGAAAAAUCGUUAAUGACUAAAACAGAACUUCAAGUUAUGAAAUCUACUUCUAAAACAGAUUUUCAACAAAGUAACUCGCCUGAAAGUAGUAAGGACACAGUUUCCGAUUAUAGAAAUAAUGAAAGUGACGUAAAAAAGAGUGAGGAAGAGCGUAACACCAUUAAAAGCAAUGAUUUAAGUACUUUAAUUGAGAGCGAAGAUAAAAAGAACCAAAAUUUAAAUGAAUCAACUGAUUAUGAACCUGAAGAGUAUGAUGACAAAAAAUCGGUAAAUGAAGAUACUACAAAUGACGAUGGCAAUUUUGAUAGUUCAUCUAGUAGUUCAACAGAGAGUGAAACUGAAAUGACAAUUAGUAAAAGAAGGCAACUGAUAAAACGUAAACGUACCCAAAAAGAAAAUAAGAAAGCUCUUAUGGAACCAGAGUUUGUACGAUACUUAGAAUUAAAACAAGACUCUGUUAUCGAUGAGCAUCCUGAGCUAUCUUAUGAAGAAGUUAUUCAAUAUCUGUACAAAACAUGGCUUUACGAAGAGAACAAUAAAUCUGAAAAGAACAUAACUGACGAAAUAGAUCAAACUAGUUUAGUUAAAGGUGCAAGCAGUAUUUACGCUGAUAAAGAUAAGAAGAGAAAAAGGUUGAGCCGAAAGAGAACUAGUAAUGCUUCUGAGGCAAAAAACAAACCACCUACAAUCAUUAAUAAGUUUUUAAUGCAAAAUGGCUACCACGAUUAUCAUAAAAAAUCUUCAAAAUCAAAUGAUAAUGAAGUUUCUAGUAUAAAUACAGAAUCUCGCCAUCAUAAUGUUAACGAAACAGAAUUUAAAAUGGAUAACGAUGACAAAUCUCAGAUUAAGGAAAUAUUAAGUAAUGAUAAGUUGGAUAAUCCACCAUCUGAUUCUUCGGAGAGUGAAUGUGAGAUUUCACUUAGUGAAAGAAAGCAAAUGUGGAAAGAAAAACGAACGCAAGCUGAAAAAAAGAAAACAUUAAUGGAUGCAGAAUUUGUCAGAUAUUUAGAAUUGCGACAAGAUUACGUCAUGGAUGAGCAUCCAGAGCUUACUGAAGAAGAAAUAACUAAUUACCUGUACAAGACAUGGCUCUAUGAAGAGAAGAUAAAAAAUGAAAAGAAAAGAGAUGAUGACAUAGAUCAAACGUCCCUGGUAAAAGGCGUAGAUUUCGAACCGAAAAAGCCUAAAAGGAAAUUCAAAAUAGUGAAAGAAGAUUCCCAAGAAAGUUUUAAGGUUUCCGAAGUAAUUGAUGUUGAACCUAAAGAGAAAUCUAAGAGGUCUAAAGCUAGACCCUACUACAACGAAGAAAUUUCAGAUAUAGAAGAAGAGCUAGCUCUAUUCGAAAUAUUCAGAAAGAAGCCAAACAAACCCAACGUGGAACAGCAAGCUAAUUCGAGUCAGCCAUCCCAAGAAGUUGAUUUGACGCAUGAAGAAGAAAUAGCAAAUAUAGAAGACUAUGUAUACAACGAAAUGGAUAUGGUGGAAAUGUAUUUCGAACAACUAACCACCCCAAAACCGAACGUAUUCAAGGGCCUGGCCCGGGAAAGAGUUUGCGAAAUUUGCGAGAAAGUCUCCAAUCUCGUGAAAUGCAAAACUUGCCACGGUAUGUUCCAUGCCGACUGCGUUAAAAACCAACACAAGACACAAACAGAGGAAAAGACUCCAAGCAGAGGUAGGAAAAAGAAGAAGAAAUAUCAACGGCGAAUCAAAAAUUCCGAUGAAACCUUCGUGGACGACGAUCAUAGUGAUGAUAAGACUCAAGACGGUCAUUCUGAUCCAAAUUUAUCUAUAGAAGCUGAUAAAGAGCCAAUAGUUGCAGACGCAGAAGACUUCGAAGCGAAAGCAUCAGCUAAAAUGCGAGAAAUCCUAGGAGACUUAGACAACGUACCGUACGACUACGAGAGCACAAAAGUCGCGAUCUCUUGGAACACUCCAGGAAAAUGUCAAAUAGUGGACGUAAAACUGGAGAUCAAGAGACCAGAAGAAGUUAUUGACUCGUCCAACUUUAAAUGCAAAGACUGCGAAAAGUUAGAGAUGCCGAAAUGUUUCGUAUGCAAGUCGCCAGUUUCUCCCAAACAGUGCGUGGAGUACAGACAGAAAUGCCAGGUGGCUCACUGCCAUAAGUAUUACCAUGAAGAGUGUUUAGCCCAUUGGCCCCAAACUCAGUUCAACGGGGGUGACGUUCGAAAUAAGAGUAAGGAAGGGUUCGAAGCCAUGUCUUGUCCUCGCCACGUAUGCCACACAUGUGUCAGUGAUGACCCAAGGGGCUGCAAGACUAGAUUUAGUGGGGAUAAGCUAGCAAGAUGUGUCAGAUGUCCGGCCACAUAUCAUACAUUCACAAAAUGUCUUCCAGCUGGCUCGCAGAUUUUGACCGGCUCACAAAUCAUUUGCCCCAGGCAUUACGAGCACAGACCCGGCAAAGUCCCAUGUCACGUGAACACGGGUUGGUGUUUCAUCUGCGCGCUCGGCGGGACGCUGAUAUGCUGCGAGUACUGCCCCACUUCCUUCCACGCGGAAUGCCUCAAUAUAGACCCGCCAGAAGGUGGCUACAUGUGUGAAGACUGUGAAACUGGCCGGCUGCCGCUGUAUGGGGAGAUGGUGUGGGUCAAGCUAGGACAUUACAGAUGGUGGCCUGGCAUAAUCCUCCACCCGUCACAGAUUCCCGCCAACAUAAUGGCCGUGAAACACUCUCAGGGGGAAUUCGUGGUGCGGUUCUUCGGCCAGUACGACCACUACUGGGUGAAUAGAGGCCGUGUGUUCCCGUUCCAGGAGGGUGACACAGGCAAAAUAUCAAGUCAGAAGUCCAAAAUCGACUCGGCGUUCACAUUAGCCAUAGAACAUGCCUCUCGCGCCUGCGAGAUAUUGAAAAACGUCAUUCCCGACGACGAGGAGACUCAGGACAUAGCGUCAUCCCUGCUACCGCCACACUAUGUCAAGUUGAAAGUGAACAAGCCGGUCGGCUCGCUCGUCAACCGCCGGAUAGACGUGGAAGAGAGCUCGCUGACGCAGUGCGAGUGCGACCCCACGGAGUUGGAGCCGUGCGGCCCGUAUUCGCAGUGUCUAAACAGGAUGCUCUUAACGGAAUGCGGGCCGACGUGCCGCGCGGGCGAGUGUUGUAACAACCGCGCGUUCGAGAAACGCCAAUAUCCCAAGAUGGCGCCGUAUCGUACGCCACACCGAGGGUGGGGACUCAGAUGUUUGGAGGAUAUAAAAGCAGGCCAGUUCGUGAUCGAGUACGUGGGUGAGCUGCUAGACGAGGCGGAGUUCCAGCGGCGCAUGCGCAGGAAGCACGAAGUUAGAGACGAGAACUUCUACUUCCUCACGCUGGACAAGGAGAGGAUGAUCGAUGCGGGACCGAAGGGCAAUUUGGCGAGAUUCAUGAACCACUCGUGCGAGCCGAACUGCGAGACGCAGAAGUGGACGGUGCUCGGCGAUGUUCGUGUCGGUCUGUUCGCCAUCGACGACAUACCCGCCAACAGCGAGCUAACUUUCAACUACAACCUGGAGUCGGCCGGCAUUGAGAAGAAACAGUGUAUGUGCGGCGCCAAACGCUGCUCCGGGUACAUUGGCGCUAAACCUAAACAGAGUGAUCCACAACCAAAGAAAAACAAGAUCAAGGAUGUACAAAAGAAGCCCAAAAAGUCGGAGUCGCAGCAGAAACGGCCACGAGGGAGACCGCGCAAGCCAAAAGAACUGACAGAAAUCGAGAAAGAUCUGCUCAUCAUCAAGAAUGCUACGAUCUCUGAUGAUUCAGUCAAGGAUACUCCGGAAAAGGAAUUAACCAAAAACUCGGUUCCGGAGAAUGUAACUAAAAGUUGUAGUGUGUCGGAGAAAGAUGUAUCCAAAAAUUGUAGUGUAUCCAGUGAUAGUGAAUAUAGUGAACGUUGUAGUGUAGAUAGUAAGGACGGCAAGGCUGUGAAACGGAAACGCAGUAGUCAGGAGAGUUUGAUGUUGUGUUUGAAGCGAGUGAAGGUGGGGGAGGACGAGUUCAGAAUAGACUGAUAUAGGGUUUGUUACAAGCAUGUAGACUGACCAGGGAAAAAUUUGUAAUCCAUACAAUUGUAAUGUGAAAUCUGUCUGAGCUAAUUGCUGUACUGAUUUUAAUGAAAUUUUGUACAGUGGUUGUUUGAUUCCUGGGUAAUAGGAUAGUUUAACCCGUCGAUUGUGGAAAAACAAGACACAAUAGAAUUUCUAUUGUGUCUCGGUCACCAGUGACCGUAUGGGGCUUGAUGAAUUAAUGCUGGGAAAAUAUAUUAUGGUACCAAAGUGAUAAAUUUAAUUGUUGGGAUUUAGCACUCUUCGCUAUAUUAUGAAAUCUGAAUUAGGCCUCGGAAAAGAGCUGGUCUUAUCCGUAAGAAAACAAAUUUAAAUGACAUACAACCAAAAUAUGCUAGCAUUUUUUGCUGUAGCUAUAAUGCAGGUUUUUGCUCAGUGCAGGUUUUUCCUGGUUAGGUAUUAAUAUUAUAUUUAGUUGGAUCAGUGUAAAUAAAAACGCAAUAGACUUGUAUUUUAUGUAUUUAUACUUAUUUGUAACUUUUUAAGUAUCCCAUAGUAUUCGAAAUCAAAAGUAUGUUGAAAAUUUACAAGUACAAAUAUUUGAAUAUUUAGCGAACUAUUACUAUUCAAAAUCAUGCUAUAGUCUGGUCCCAUGUUAGAGAGAAAUUUAUCGUAUUGACCGAACUGCUGUGUCCUACAUAAGCCCACAAAAAUAAUGGUAUCCUACUCACAUGGUAUGGAAACCAGACACCAAUAAUAUAUUUAACCACAGACAUAGAUCAAGAUAGAUACCGCAUGUCGCUCCAUUUGUAUGAAGAGCGU